CAGUUCUGACGUUUUCUGCUGUUGUUCACCAAUCGCCCAUUAUGGACGGUCUCUUCGCACCGUUCGGUGUUCGCAUCGAAGCCAGCAACUCCCUUGUGCAGGCUGCCUUCUCUGCCUUCCUCCUUGUUGGCAUUGUAUCUUUUGCAGCACCCAUUGUCAGCACCGUCCGUGUCCUCCUGAGCUUGUUUGUCCUUCCUGGCAAGGCUCUCACCGAGUUCGGUCCUUGUGGCACAUGGGCUCUCAUUACCGGUGCUUCUGAUGGCAUUGGCAAGGAGUUCGCUCUUUCCCUCGCAGCUAAGGGCUACAACCUGAUCCUCGUCUCGCGCACCCAGUCCAAGCUCGACUCCCUCUCCGCCGACAUCUCUUCCAAGUAUGGACCCAAAACCUCCGUCAAGACUCUGGCAAUGGACUUUGCACAGAACAAGGACGCCGACUACACCAAGCUGGCAAAGCUCGUUGAUGGACUCGACAUCUCCAUCCUGGUCAACAAUGUCGGUCUGAGCCACAACAUCCCCGUGCCCUUCAACGAAACACCCAAGCAGGAGAUGAACGACAUCAUCGUCAUCAACUGCAUGGCCACCCUGAAGGUCACCCAGCUCAUCACCCCUGGCAUGCAGGAGCGCAAGCGUGGUCUUGUCCUUACCAUGGCUUCGUUCGGUGGUUUCUUCCCCACACCUCUUCUGGCAACCUACUCUGGCAGCAAGGCCUUCCUGCAGCAGUGGUCUACUGCUCUUGGCUCUGAGCUCCAGCCGUACGGUGUCCACGUCCAGUGCGUCCAGUCUCACCUCAUUACCACCGCCAUGUCCAAGAUCCGCAAGCCAUCUGCGCUGGUGCCCAAUCCCAAGCAGUUCGUCAAGGCUGCGCUCAGCAAGAUUGGUCGUUCAGGUGGUGCGCAAAAUGUUGCCUUCACAAGCACACCCUACUGGAGCCACGGUCUGAUGCAGUGGUUCUUGUCGAGGUUCCUCGGCGAGAGGUCGCACGUUGUCGUCAAGGUUAACCGAGGCAUGCACGUCGACAUCCGCAACCGCGCAUUGAGGAAAGCAGAACGCGACGCCAAGAAGCAGUGAAUGAUGACGUAGAUUCAUGUUGUCAAGCGAUCACACAUUUUGCGCAUCAAGGACGGUACGCACAGCACACCAGAAGUGACGAAUGAGAUGGCCAUGGUCCAGCAACAAGUAAUAAUACCACUAUCAAGCGCUCAAAUCCUGAACGCCUCGCCCCCAUCCAAACAUGUCUUCUUCCUCUCACUUCGCCUCAUCCUUCUUCAGCUCAGUCCAGUUCCACUGCAUCCUCAACCCCGGAUG